CAUAUAUAGAAGCGCUGAUGCUGAAAUAGUUAUGUCGUGAACGUCAAGGACGCCCCCGAAGAGAAAAUGUCCAACACAAUGCUUGCAAUCCUUCAACAUGCAAAAGGGAAUACAGUUAGCCCGGUCGGGAUAGCUGCACUUUCUUCAGCAACGCGUUGGACCGGGUACGUGUGGCUUGAUGCUGACGCUGCGGCGGUCAAGCCGCACCCUCCGGCCUUAUAUGGUUGUGCUGCCGAUGUUGCCGCCGCUGGCGUGGCUGGCCCGCGCGCCAGCCCACUCCUCGCUGCUGGUCGGCCGUGGGGUCUGCCGUUCGCCUCAGAAGGAACUUUGGGCAGCCUUGCAGUGCCCACACGGUUGAUGAGCACCACCAGUGUCUCAUGCAGAAGCAACAGUGGCAGCAGCGACGUGGCGCGGUCGCAACCAGCGGGGCUUUCCACAGCAGCUGUCGCCACCGAGGGCAUGCCGGAUCCCAAGCAGGCGCCCGUGGCAGCGCCACAGGCGCAGGUGCAGAAGAUGCCAACACAGCAGGCAUCAACUCAGCAGCAAGCUCCCGCGCAGCAGGGCGGGUGGGAUGACGACGCCGAGUCGCCGCCCAUCCCGCUAGAUCCAAACGUCAAGCCGCCAGGCAUGGCCUUCGUGACGGCCGGCGCCGCAAUCAGUGCCCUGCUGGCGGUCGGUGUAGCGGCACUGGGCAUCCUGGGCACCUUUUAUGCCGGUUACGCCAUUAGCCAGAUUGCCAAGGAGCUUAAGAAGCCGGAGUCAGGCUUGGGGGCGGUGGCAGCACCUGCAACAGCAGCACCUGCAGCAGCGGGUGUGGCUGCAGGUGCAGGGGCCACGGCGGCGGCGGCAGGGGCGCCGAGCAAAGGUGCGGAGGCGGCCGCAGCGGGCAAGGCCGCCAGCAAGGCCGCCAGCUCGCAGCCGGGAGCGGGCGGUGGAGGCGACGGCAACAUGCAGGCCGUGGCACAAGGCGAGGGAGCGGCUGCGGCUGGACCCCGGCGCGGCAGGAGCUGGUGGGCUUGGUUGACAGGGUACCGGAGCCGGGCAGGCAGUUCGGGGGAGCAGGUCCAGUCGCCAGUAGCGCAAGAGUCGCCUCCCACAGAGUCCCCACAGCCGGCGACGAGCAGGUGAAAUGGGCGCUGGGGCGACGGCACACUUGGCAGGCCACAGGGGCCCGGAAAGCCUGCUAUCACGGGACCGCCUGGGAGUCGGUUGACCGGUAAAUAAACUGGAAUCAAACUGCGGACUAGCGCGAGUGGAGAAGCUGCGACUUUGCUUGUAGUGCUCGUGCUUUCGGGGCACAGUAUUUGAAUGUAACUUCACGGUUCG